AUGGCAACCACUGAGACCUCUCCAUUAUUACCCCAAUAUCAGCAUCCAGCUGCUAAUCCCACGACUACGUCACCACGCUCAGAUCGUCGGACCGUGACUUUUAAUCCCCUCACCACCAUCAGUACAUACAAUGGCACAUCUCAAUCCGAUUCCACCGUACAGCCGCUACAGGCGAGCUCUCCACCCGUUCGUCAUACACCUUUGGGACCUGUCGGACAGCCUAUGUUGUCGGCACUGAACAGUAAACUGCGAAGACGUAAUAGUGCAGGUUCACCCGUGACGGCGGCGGCUGCUACUAUAAUUGCGCCAAAGAUAGGUCCGCAAAGAACGUCGAAGAACACACAGAAACUGAAACUACUACCUGAUCCGGUGACUGGCGACGACGAGGAGAUUAUCGACGAUGGGUUCCCGCGGGACGUAUAUACGCAGAUCAGUCGGAUUAAAGAACCUACCGCGCGAAGAGCGGCCGCAAGGCUGGGAAAGGCUGAUCGAGACCGUCUACCUCGAGUGACGGCAUAUUGUACUGCAAACUCAUAUCGGUUAGAUGGGGUGAUGCGUUUUCUCAAAUCUAGGGACAAGACUCGCGGUGCCAAUCCUAAGCUGUUUGAUGAGUGUGUAUAUUCGCCGUUCGACUAUCAUUACGAGAAGAAACAAGCAGAUCUUCAAUCUCAGACGAGAAAUGGACAGUAUCCAGAAGGACCUAGUCAACCGUCCCAACAACAACCUCGUCAUACAGGAGAGCGCAGAUAUUCCGACAGCGCCGUGGAAGUCGAAGAACAUGGCAAGAACAUACGAGAAGACCUGAUUGAUUUUCGCGAAGAAGAGGCCACUCGUUCUCAGUCUACUACCAGCAUUGGCAAGGCACCAGUGACCCAAGACGAAGAAGGUCUCGACCUCGACACUACCGUACAUACACCAGAAGUAUUCCUCUUCGACUACGGCACCGUAGUAAUAUGGGGGAUGACACCAGCCGAAGAAGCCCGAUUCCUAGCUGACGUCGCCAAAUUCGCAACCGCCAUUCUCAGUACAGAGGAUCGACAGGUCGAAAACUUCAAUUUCUACUAUGCACGCGACUAUCAAGCUCGAAUAUACAACGACUUUAUCUCUCUGCGUGAACCACGAAAUCACAUGAUCAAACUCGCCAUUUCACAUGCUUUGUCACAAUCCGUGAAAACUUCCUUAUUCGAAGACCUCGUCUCCGAAACGAUCGCAGCUACAGCGCCAUUUCCCGCACAAAUUGCCAAAACGGGGAGCGUAAACAUGACGCGAAAACAAAUCAAUAUGCAAAUCGGUGAACUGUUUAUUCUGCGUAUCAAUAUCCAUUUACAAGGUUCAGUACUGGAUAGUCCGGAGUUGAUGUGGGCAGAACCCCAGCUGGAGCCUGUAUAUCAAGCUGUGCGUACAUAUCUAGAGAUGGAUCAGCGGGUGGGUUUACUUACGGAGCGAUUGGAUGUUAUUGCGGAUUUGUUGGCGGUGUUGAAGGAUCAGUUGAGUCAUAGGCAUGGUGAAUAUUUGGAAUGGAUCGUUAUCGUCCUGAUCGCUGCCGAGAUCUUGGUUGCUGGUAUCAACAUUAUAGUUGAUUUGUAUGCUGGGGUGGAGUAAUUGUAUAAAAGCACAUGAUAUUCAUGUAGAAUAUUCUACCUCAGGACUGUACAGGGUUUGAGCUUGUGCAUAUUAUUGAUUUUGUAUAGGAUAUGCUGGUGUUGACUGCGUAUUUACCAGUCCAUUCAUACAUCCAGGGGGUGAGGCCAGGGUAUACCUAAAUAUCGAGGAAUAUAAUUACAUAUUACU